AUGGCCCGAAAGUCAAGCAGGAUAUCACAAGCUACUGAUCAAGCCAAACACAUUGACACUGAAUGCGCUCACUUUAAGAUUCUCCACGCCAAGCAUAAGGAUGCAGCCAAGUUAUUUGAUACACUUUUCAAAAUCGCUGGAUAUCAAGCAAUUGUCACACUGUACUGGAGGGACUUUACCUCAGGUCAACAGGGAGGCUUUGUCUACCUCCAGGAGAAACUCGAACUCACCGAUGAAGCUGAUCAAGACAAAAUCACUACACUGAUCCGGUGCGCUCACUUUGUCCGAUUCCCCUCGGGCACUCCUUCUGGAUUGUCGAAUGAAGUGAUGCUUGCUGCAAUUGAGGGCUCCACCCCUCCCACCAAAAAGAUACUCACCAAGGCUGACAAACUCAAAUGGUCAGCCGCAAUCGUACAGAAAGGCUUCCGAGCAGAAUAUAAGGGACACGAUCUUAUUGUUCUCCCAACCCUGAAAACCCUCAGAGAAUUUGCAGGCCUAUGCCAGCAAAAUCAAUACAAGGCACCCUACACUUCAAUCGUCGGCCCGACCAUGUGCAGAAAAACCCAAUUACUCAAGGAGCUUGCUGCCCACGUGUGCGUAGUCUACAUCUGUCUCCGAGAUUGGAAAUUGACUGGCCAGCCCCCUCGUUCCAAACUCGCGGAUAACUUUCUCCCACACUUGUCACCUGAUUCAGGCUUGCUCAAGCACUAUACUCACUUAUUGGCUGCGAUCCUCAACACGGUUUCUAAAUUCUUUUCAAGGCCGGAUAUACUUCAAAAAGAAUUCAAAGCUCGAUUAACUGAGUGGUUUGACUACAGUUUUCAAAUUGACUCCACUUCAAAGGAUGAAUAUAACACCGACGUCCGAAAUGAACUGAAAGAGCUGCAGCAAAUCCCCUCAACGCCCACCAAAUCUCUUGUUGCUGCGGUACAUAAGGUGCCUCAAACGCUUGAAUCCAAAGAAGAUGGUAGACUCAGGGUUCUGCUGGCAAUAGACGAGGCCAGCAAGUUGAUCGAUCCCAUUGACACCGAGCUCGAUAUUCCAUACUUUUGUGUGCUUCGUCAGGCUUUAUCAGAAAUACCUUCCGGAAAUGGGGUCUUUGCCGUCUUCACCAAUACAUCUCCACAGAUCGCCAACUUCAACCCGUCCCAGAGCCAAGACCGUAGCUCAAGCCACCGCGGCUUUGGCCAUAAAUCAUUUGAGCCAAUCUACAGAAUCUCAUCACUCAAUGUGUUUGUCCCAAAAGCACCACCAAGCUCAUGGAAUGACUUGCUAUUGCCAGAACGGCUCUUUAGCUAUGGCUGCCCAUUUUAUGGGCUUUAUUUCAAGGAAAUCGUGAAGGAGAGACCAGAGACAGCCGUCGAAACCACGUCGCUGAUUGCCGAGACAAAAUUACUGCUGAACAGUCCAUCGGCUCCUUCAGGAUUGCUCCUUGAUCCAGACCCGGCUGGGCCACCCAUCAACUCAGAACUUGUUGCACGUCACGCAGCACAUUGCAUGUUCAUUGAUCUGGCUCGAGAAUUGAUUGUCAGCGACUAUCCCCCGCAGUUUGUCUAUGCUUCAGCGGCCAACCGUGUUCUUGCAUCCAACAAGACGUAUUGGAUUAAGUUCCGAUUGGAAGAUUUCCUCUGCACCUUAAGCGGGAAAGACCCACGUGAAAUGGAGUUUGGCUACAAAGACAACAAAACGCAACCCUUGGGAAAAGACAACAAAACACAACUCUUGGACCAAGGGCGGAUAUUUUUCAACCACUUUACCCGAAUUUCAUACACGCCCAGCGCUGCCUACUUUAUGGAGCUUUUGUACCGAGGUGUUGCGGUUCAAUGCAAGAGUGGGCAACCUGGACUUGACAAGCUUUUUCCGAUCUAUCUUGCACCCACAUCUGAAUCUCCAGAGCUAGAACACAGAAACAUCACCUUUUGUGGUGUUCAAACAAAACACCAGACAGGUGACGUUGACUGGAAGCAGAGUCCCAACUGGUCCAAAAGUUAUGCCAAUAUUGAAGGCAUCAAAAAUCCCUAUCUCAUUCUGUUAUUCAGCUUGAGGACCACCGGUUGUAGGGUCACACCAUGGACAGACCCGACAUCCGUCGAUGACACCGGAAGAGUUUCUUACCAGUUUCUUGGCCUGGACGAAAUCCACUGUCUUACCCCUAACAUACACUCUGCACUAGAGCGGCUGAUUACCGCAAUACUGGAUGACUUACUGGAGCUUCGCAAUCAAUCUGAUGAGCCAACCAAACAAUGGGUCCAGCAAUUGAACCCAGUGAUCCUCAAACUUCCCAAAACCGGCUAA